AUGGCUAACUGCUUGGUUGACGUAUAUCUGAAACAGAACCAAGCAUGGAUUGAUCAUCCAUCGGUAGCCGAUUUGUUAGCCCCACUAAAAAGACUUUACAAUGAAGUGAUGAGCAAAGCGUGCAUGAGACUUGAAUAUGAUGGUGAAUACCACGGCAGUCCAGAAAGCUAUGCUAUGGAGCGAUAUAUGUACGUUUUGUGCUUCAAGUGUGGGAAGGCUUAUUUUGGUGGUGAAAGUCGUUGUCAGCAGGAACUGGAUAAUUCACAACACAAUCCCGAGGAGCUGAUCUGUGGCGCUUGCUCGGAUGUAGUCGGGGCGCAGAUCUGUGGGCGUCAUGGAGUCGAGUUCCUGGAGUUCAAAUGUCGUUUUUGUUGUUCGGUGGCUGUUUAUUUUUGGUAA